AUGAAGCGAUUCGAGGAACUUGUGCGGGCUGGGGCCACAGCACUACCCCGGCUGGCCGUUGAGCCCAGAGGCCUGGAGAGGCUGGCCGAGGCGCUGUCUCGCCUACUCCAAGAGGCGGCCGACGCAGCGGGCCGACGGCCCAGGAAGAACGCGAGAGGCACCCCAUGGUGGAACGAUCAGUGCGCCGGUGCAGCGGCCGAACUAAGAGCUAUGCGGCGGAUCUACCCCACAGGGCACGGCAGAGAGGUCCAGACUGCCCGGCGGGAGCUGCGCCGGGCGGUACGGCGGGCUAAGAGACAUUUCUGGCAGACUGUUCUAGAAGGCGCCGAGAGCAACCAGGAUAUCUAUAAGAUCAUGCGGUGGUCGAGGAAACCGAGCCGUUCCGGGCCCCGCCUAUACAGAAAGGCGCGGGGCCGCGGACGACAUCCCGGACCCCUGGGCCCCAGAGGUGCUGGCCCCAGGAGGACUCUCGACUGCAGCGUCACGCUCGCGGAUGCGGCAUGCGCCUGCACCUCUACGGGCAACACCUCCCCGGGGAUCGACGGCAUCACGGUCCGAAUGCUGCGUCGCGUCUGGAACCACAUCGGCGAGGCGGUGAGGGGACUAUAUGAAGGCUGCCUACACCUGGGCUACCACCCCGCUUGUUUCCGCGCAGCAGAGGUCGUAAUGAUCCCUAAGCCUGCUUGCCUCGGCAAGGGACUCGAACGCCUAAUAGCCCGGCGCCUAGCCUGGGCUGCGAUCACACAACGAGUCAUCCACAGCCAGCAUGCGGGUGCCCUGCCCAAACGUUCAGCGCUCGACCUAGCGCUAGCAUUGCUCCACGACGCGGAGACGGCCCUCACCGAGGGGAAAGUCGCCACGCUAAUCACGAUGGAUAUACAGGGCGCCUUUGACACGGUUCUGCGGAACCGGCUCCUCCUACGCCUACGGGAACAGGGCUGGCCAACAAACCUGGUCCGGUGGGCAGGUUGCUUUAUGGAGCAGAGAUCGGCCAGAAUACGGCUCGAGGAUAUAACGACGCCGACAACCCCCCUGACGUGCGGGCUGCCACAGGGCUCCCCGGCCUCCCCGAUUCUCUUCCUCCUCUAUACAGUGCCCAUCUACUCGAUAGGGGAACCGAACUCGCGCUUCGGCUACGCAGAUGACGUGGCCACCCUGAUCCGGGGCCGGUCCUACAGGAGACGGCCGCCCGGGCCACGCGCGCCGCGGAAAGAGCCACAGCAGGACCUGCGCUGGCUCGGCGUCUGGUACGACAGAAAGCUCUCAUUCCGCACGCAUGUGGAGAAGUGGGCCGCGAAGGCGAUGACGGCCGCAGGGUUCCUCCAGAACCUCUCAAACACCCGGCGCGGAAUCCUCCCGGUCGACACGGCAUGCGGUCACGGCCUGCGUCCUCCGAUCCUUUUAUACGGCGCCCAUGUAUGGUACCCGGGGGCGCUUCGGCCUGUGUGGGGGACUGCCCGCUUAGUUCCGUCGCGGAUCACCUACCUGAAGAAUAGGAUCCAGCUGACCUUAAACGUCGCGAUGCGCGCCAUCGCACGCUCAGAGACGCGCCGCGGUCCGUCUACGCUCCUAGAUGAGCGGCACCCCUUGACACCCCGUAUGAGCAUCCUCCCAACGCCUGGCCGGGAGCUAAUGAAGAGGCACGGUAUGCGGGCCCCUCGCGCGGCCCAGAAGCAGCACGCCUCGAGACUCCUGCGUCUUCACCAAAUGACGGCCCAUGCUCCGAGGCCCCGACUUCUCCCCCCAGCACCCCCUCAGCCCGACCCGACAGGGGGCGUAGACAAAACGCAGGCGGCGAGAGACUUCAACUCGUGGCUCCGGGUAUGCCCUGAAGAUACCCUCAUCGUCUACACUGACGGCUCGCAGAGCGAAGACGGCGCCUGCGGGUAUGGGUACUCAGUGUGGCUAGGCCCUAGCGAAGUGACCUACGGCAGCGGUCGGGUCCUACUCGCUGAGGUCUACGACGCAGAGGUGGAAGGCGCCCUCGAGGGCUUCGAGCGGCACUCACGUGGUCCCCAGGACCCCGGACCAGCAGUGCCGGAUAGUCGUCUGCCUUGA